AUGCUCUGGACAGCCCCGCUACUCCUCGUCAUAUCGCUCUUUUUCGUCGGGGCCUCCACAUUCUUCAUCAGAUCUCAUAUUCCAAGCGACAAGUCCUGCAACCACACGGCCGGCCACGAGUGCUUUGCCCUAAUUUUCAGCCGGAUAUCAGCCAUUUGCACCUCGGAGCCGUUGCAGUUCAAGUGCAUCCAUUACAACUUCCUCGAUCAUUGCUUUAAUCAACGCGUUGGAUAUUGUACUACCAAUCAGAUCUCCACUUUUGCCCGCGUCGGUUUCAACGAGGCGCAAAGGAAAUGCAGUGAAUUUCAUCCGAAAACAUACCGAGAGAAUCAGAAAAAUUACAAGACUUUCGACCAGUUGUUGGUCCCAUCUGUAAGUAAUUCCCACCGCGAGAUAUUUCGCGUCAGUUUGGGGGACAGCAGACGCCGGGUCCCGGAUUCGCAAUUUAUCGCAACGCUCGGUUACUUACAAACCCAAUGUUCGGCAACACAGAAUACUAGUUGCGCUGCCGACCAGAUGGAGAACAUUUUUGAAAAUUGUGAGCAUGAAAUUCGUACGAAAACUGCCAGCGCGCCAAAGGACAAUGACUUUGAUUUACACAAAUUGUUUAGAAUCAAACUUGACACCUCCCGUCGGUUAUUAACAUUCCAAGAGACCGAGAAGAACUAUGAGUGCCUAAUGGUAAAAUGGGCGCUGAAUAAGAUUUAUGACAUACAUACGCAGCAUUGUUUUCAUACAAUAAUGACUCGCUGCUUAUGUGAGCGGGGUGAAUUUGAGAAGCAUUGUGGCGUGAAAUGUGCUGAUUUAGAGGUCCAUCCUUUAAAAAUCAGUGAAGAAGAAUGGGAAGAAUUGCGAUCUCGACUUCAUCAUGGCCGUGGUAUACACAAAACAAUCCCAAUUCUAUUGAUAUUGAUUUGCCUCUCAACAAUAUUCUUUCAAGCUUUCGGUGAACAUCAAUGG